AUGGUUUAUAUUGUUCUUGGCUUAAACUAUAUUCUUUUAUUGGAAUUUGAGAUCAGUUUUGAUAUUUGUAAAUGGGUUCAGUCAUAUGGUUAUAGGCCUGCUAAGGCUCUGAUGUUAUGGAAACGUCUCUAUGGGGAUAAUAUUUGGGCUCAAUGCAGUGAGGAAUUAGAAGGUUUGAAUAAGGAUUUCAGGAAAAUGUUAGGUGAACAUGCUGAAUUUAAGACGUUAAACUUGAAAGAUAUUCUGACAGCGUCUGAUGGAACUAAAAAGAUGUUAUUCAAGUUGGAAGAUGGUCUGGUAAUAGAAACUGUUCUGAUACCUUGUGAGCGGGGCAGGAACACUGUCUGUAUAUCUAGUCAAGUAGGUUGUGCCAUGAAUUGCCGGUUUUGCUAUACCGGCAGUUCUUGA